GGGCCGGGUGAGGGGGGGGACGCCACGGCCCCGGCGCGGGGAGGCUCGGCGAGCGGCGGCACCCAGGGACUCGCACCGGGCCGGCGACGAGCAGGUGCCGAGGCGCUGGGCGGGCGUGGGGGUGCAGCAGCGCACGGGGUGUCAGUGCCGCACCGCACCGGGCGCUCGGUGAGCGGCGGCUGGGCGAGCAGGAGCCCGAGUCUCAGCCUAAAUAUAGUCCCCUGCUUGCCCACAGCGCUGCGACCUUUGGGGCUGCCUUUGCACUGGGGGGCCGCCACUGCCCCAGCGCCCCAGUCAGGCACCCAGCACCCCCAGACUGCAGGCAGGGGGACAGGAACGUGCUGGUUUGGGGUGACAGGGGUCGCGGGCGGCGGUGGGGGAGCUGCAGACCAUGCACCGAGCACAGGGACGCAGCGGCACGAGUAGGGCUGGGGGGGAGCCCCGGGCAGCCCCGCCGAGCCCCGGCAUCCCCCCGAAGCGCGCCAAGGUCACAGCAGAACCGGGGCCGGCCCAGGAGGGCUCAGCUCGCCGGGCAGCACCGUGUUUUGUGAGGAAACUGAAGAAUGCGGCGAUCGGCACCGGCUGUGACAUCCGGCUGCGGGUGGUGGUGGUGGGCGACCCCCGGCCCAGCCUCCGCUGGUACCGAAACGAGGAGCAGCUGGCCCAGGGUGGGGACGAGUACGGCACCCUCUGGAUCCGGGACAGCAAGAAGGAGGAUGCCGGUGUGUACACGUGCGUCGCUGAGAAUGAGCAGGGAGAGGCCAUGACCAGUGCUGUGCUGGCCAUCAUUGACAUGGAAGACUCGGAGACAGGUGAGGAUGAAUCCAGCGACCCCCAGGUGACACAGCGCAGUGAUCUCCAGGAUGAGACGGCCUUCAGCACCCCCACAGGUGGGUCUGACACCCUCGUGGACGCCUCCAUGAACACAACGCCAACCUCAGUGCUGGCCCUGUCCCAGGCAGAGGAGCGCUCCAGCUGGUCAGGCAGCCAGCAGACCGUGGUGGAGAAGGAGACGGAGGCCAGCCUCUCUGCACGGGGACCCUACCUCCGUCCCGCUGCCUGGCCGCAGCCGCAGGGAACCCCAAGGCAAGCAAACACGCCGGCCCCGCGUGGCGCCGAGGUGCGGCACCUGGGCGUGGAGCCGCUGGUGCGGGCAUCGCGGGCUAAUCUGGUGGGCACGAGCUGGGGGUCAGAGGAUAGCCUUUCGGUGGCCAGCGACCCGUACGGCAGCGCCUUCAGCCUGUACCGAGGACGGGCGCUCUCUCUCCAUGUCAGCAUCCCCCAGGGAGGCUACCGGAGAGAUGACCUCCACAGAGGCCCUGUCUCUCCAAAGCCUGGUGCAGAGCCCCCAAAAUCCCCCGCCGCCCUGCCGCUGACUGCCAAGCCACCCAUCGUCCGCUCACCAUCUCCUCGUGCUGGCACAGGCCUGCAGCCACCCACUGGCACCGCGUCCCAGCCUGCCGCCCGCGGCCCUGGCGUCCCCUCCUUCACACCCGUGACCCCUCGCAAGAAGUCCUCAGUGCCGGUAGAGUACCAGGACAUCGUUCCUGAGGAGUACGAGGAGAAGAUCAAGAAGCCCAAGUCCUCUGGGUACUCACAAGGCAGCACACAAGAGUCCCGUCCGCAGACACCCAUGAGCGACGCCUCUGGCCGCAUCUCCGUCCGGGCAUCCCCCAAGCUGGUGCGUGCUGGCUCCAGGAUCUUUGAGAGGCUGCAGUACUUCGAGGAGCGGCAGAGGAGCCUGGAGCAGGACAGUCCCUUUCCCGCGUGCUCCAACCUGCCGCUGCGCAAGGCGCGCUCCUUCGACCAGCCCGGCACUGGCUCGCGCCGGGCCAGCACUGCGGGCGGCUCGCGGGAGGACCUGCGGGAAGGCGGCCCCGGGGAGCCGGGCAGCUCGGCAGCGUGCCGGCGCUUGGCCUUCCGGCAGAAAGCCGCGUCCUUCGACGAGCGGGGCAAGUUCGCCAACCGCGUCUACGCCAUCGAGCACAAAUUCGCAGAGGAGCUGACGCGCAUCAAGCGGACCGUCUCCAAGCAGCAGCUGCGGCGCUCCCAGGAGCUGUGCAAAGCCGGGCUGCCCCCGGCACCCUCGCCCCCAGCGGCCAGCGAGCCCCCUGCACCCCGUGCCCCCCGCACCUCCUCCUCUCAGGGCGCCGGCGGACGCACGGCCCUGCCCCCGGGGGGGGGGGGGGGGGGGGGGGGGGGGGGGGGGGGGGGGGGGGGGGGGGGGGGGGGGGGGGGGGGGGGGGGGGGGGCAGCGGAGGAUGCAGGUGCCAGGAAGGGUCUGCAGCAAGAAGGCGCUGGGGAAGUGAAGAAGAAGGAGCAGUGGCCGUUGGCACAAGCCAGCCCGCAGGGAAGGGUGGCCCUCUCGCAGGCGGGUCCCGCCGAAGGCAGCCCGUUCCCAGAUGGAGGCCCCGCCCGUGGCCCUGGGGCAGUGAGCGAAGCUCUGGCUGCCCGACUGGCUGUGCCCCACGGACUGUACCGGCGGCCAGAGACACCCACAGAAGUGCGGUUCCUGCCUUGGGCAAAGCCAGGGAUGGAGCAGGAAGCUCGUCUGGAACGAAGCUGGGCAGGACAGCAUGUUGCGGGCAGAGACGUGGAGAGAAAGCAGAUGAAAGUGUCCGAGAAGAAAGAGAGUGGCCGGAUGGCUCAAGAAGGCAGGAGCACACGGAGUAAGGGGAAGGGACGCCGAGCCAGGCCCACCUCUCCAGAGCUAGAGUCCUCAGAUGACUCCUAUGUCUCAGCGGGUGAAGACCCUCUGGAAGCCCCCAUCUUUGAGAUUCCCAUCCAGGACAUGGCAGUGGUCGUGGGGGCAGAGGUGCUGCUCAAGUGCAUUGUCACAGCCAACCCCCAGCCAGAAGUGUCCUGGAGGAAGGACGGGGUCCCUCUGCGGAGCAGCACGACGCGCCCCAUCAAGGCGGAGGGCGAGCGGCACACGCUGCUGGUGCGUAGCGCCCGGGUGGCCGAUGCCGGGCUGUACACUGUCACCGCGACCAACGAGGUGGGGGCCACCUGCUGCAGUGCCAUCCUCAGCGUGCGGCCCGCACCCGUUGUGGAGCGGCAUGGGAACUUGCCCCCCACCGUCGGCCAGGCCAGCCCCAUCACAUCGGACGAGGAGUACCUGAGCCCCCUGGAAGAGUUCCCCGAGUCCGGCACCCCCCAGCACCGACCGGCCAUGAAGUUGCAGCCAAGAGCUGAGCAUGGGGCUGCCCGCGGCUCCCCAGAGACCACCUUCAAGGCUUCACCCACCUUUGAGGUAUCCUUGUCGGACCAGUCGGUGCUGGAGGGGCAGGAUGUUAGCAUGAGUGUUCGUGUCCGUGGGGAGCCCAAGCCCAUCAUUUACUGGCUGAGAAACAGGCAGCCAGUGAAGUAUGGCCGCCGGCACCAUGCGGAGGAGGCAGAGGGAGUGCGGGGGCUCUUCACACUGCACAUCCUGGCAGCGGAGCACACUGACACCGGCUUCUACACCUGCAAGGCCGUCAACGAAUAUGGCACCAAGCAGUGUGAGGCCAAGCUGGAGGUCAGAGCUCGCCCCGAGUGCCAGUCCCUGGCCAUCGUGGUUCCCCUGCAGGACUUGGUGGUCGGGGCGGGGGAGCUGGCGGUGUUUGAGUGCAUGGUGGCCGGCCCGCCAGACAUGGACGUAGACUGGCUGUCCCGGGGCCGGCUGCUCCAGCCUGCCCUGCUCAAAUGCAAGAUGCAUUUUGAUGGGCGCAAGUGCAAGCUGCUGCUUACUUCUGUGCAUGAAGAUGACAGCGGAAUCUACACCUGCAAGCUCAGCACUGCCAAAGAUGAGCUGACCUGCAGCGCGCGGCUGACAGUGCAGCCCUCUGUGCUGCCACUCUUCACCCGCAAGUUGGAGGAUGUGGACGUGGUGGAAGGGCGGACAGCGCGUUUUGUCUGCAUGAUCAGUGGGACUCCCCCUCCGACAGUUACCUGGACUCACUUUGGCCUGCCGGUGCAGGAGGGGGAGAACGUGCGGAUUCAGCGGGAUGGAGGGCUGCACUCAUUGGUCAUCGUGCACGUGGGCAGUGAAGAUGAAGGGCAGUACAAGGCAACCGCCAGGAACACCCAUGGCCAAGUGGAGUGCUCUGCUGAGCUCUAUGUGGAGGAGCCACGGCCAUCUGCAGCCUCCCAGAUCUCUAAGCUGGAGAAGAUGCCAUCCAUCCCGGAGGAGCCAGAGCAGGCGGAGACAGAGACAGAGUGCUUCACCAUGCCCGAUUUCCUGAAGCCACUGCACAACCUGGACGUGGUGGAGUCGAAGGAGGCCGUGCUGGAGUGCCAGGUGGCCGGGAUGCCCUACCCCUCCAUCACCUGGUACCACAAUGGCUCCCGAAUUGACAGCACUGAUGACCGCAAGAUGAUGCAAUAUAAAGACAUCCACCGUCUGGUAUUCACGGCUGUCAGCCACGCACAUGCUGGUGUCUACAAAAGUGUCAUUGCCAACAAAGUGGGGAAGGCCACGUGCUAUGCACACCUCUAUGUCACCGAUGUGGUGCCAACCCCCCCAGACGGGCCCCCCACUGUGGCCUCAGUGACCGGAAGAGCCAUCACACUGACCUGGAACAAGCCCAAGUGGCUGGACGCUGCUAUAGAUCCCAACUCGGUGACCUAUGUGGUGCAAAUGCAAGUGCUGGGCACGAUGCAGUGGGUGGUGCUGGUGACCGGUGUGCAGGACACCACCUACACAGUGCACAGGCUGACCAAGGGUGCCCAGUACCUCUUCCGUGUCAUCACUGCCACUCCCAAGACCAACAGCAAGCCCUCCCCGCCUGUGGGGCCCGUGCAGCUUCUGGACCGGGGUCCCUACCUGGAGGAGGCCCCAGUGAUCCUGGACAAGCCAGAUGUGGUAUAUGUGGUAGAAGGCCAGCCAGCCUCCAUCACCAUCACCAUCAACCAUGUGGAGGCCACCGUCACCUGGAAGAGGGCUGGGCAGGUGCUGGGGGAACUGGAGGGCACGUGUGAGAUGAUGAUGCCAGACGAUGACCAGCACUGCCUGCGGCUGCUGCGUGUGGGCCGGGGGGCUGGGGGGCUGCUGGCCUGUGAGGUGAGCAACCGCCACGGCACUGCCCACUGCACCCUCCGCCUCCGCCUCGCAGAGGCACCACGUUUUGAGUCCAUCAUGGAGGACAUCGAUGCCCAGGAAGGGGAGACACCACGAUUCGCUGUGGUGGUGGAGGGGAAACCGCUGCCGGAUAUCAUGUGGUACAAGGAUGGGGAGCUGCUGGAGGAGAGCAGCCACCUGAGCUUCGUGUAUGAGGACAAUGAGUGCUCGCUGGUGGUGCUGGGUGCUGCCGAACCUGACAGUGGCGUCUACACCUGCACAGCCAAGAACCUGGCUGGGGAAGUCUCCUGCAAAGCAGAGCUGGUGGUGCGGGCAGCCCAGCCCGCUGCUGAUGCUGCCAUGGAGGAGGAUGCACUGCACAAGGCACGCCGCCUGACCGACUACUAUGAUGUGCACGAGGAGAUUGGGAGGGGAGCUUUCUCCUAUCUGCGGAGGGUGACAGAGAAGAGCACCCGGCUGGACUUUGCUGCCAAGUUCAUCCCUGGGAGGACCAAGGCCAAGCAGUCGGCACGGCGGGAGCUGCACAUUCUCUCUCAGCUGGACCACGAGCGCAUCGUCUUCUUCCACGAUGCCUUUGAGAAGAAGAACGCCGUCAUCAUGGUCAUGGAGCUCUGCUCUGAAGAAGAGCUGCUGGACAGAAUGGUGAGGAAGCCCUCAGUGUGUGAGUCGGAGGUCCGGUCGUACAUGCGGCAGGUCCUGGAAGGGAUCUGCUACCUGCACCAGCACAGUGUCCUGCACCUGGACAUCAAACCAGAAAACCUCCUGAUGGCAGAUUUGAGCAGCGAGCAGAUCCGGAUCUGUGACUUCGGCAAUGCACAGGAGCUGACGUCUGAGGAGCCACAGUACUGCAAGUAUGGCACCCCUGAGUUCGUGGGCCCUGAGAUUGUCAACCAGACCCCUGUCUCCAGCGUCACUGACAUCUGGCCUGUGGGGGUUAUCGCAUACCUCUGCCUGACAGGGAUCUCCCCCUUUGUGGGGGAGAAUGACAAGACAACGCUGAUGAACAUCCGCAACUACAAUGUGGCGUUCGAGGAGAGGAUGUUCCAGGGGCUCACCCGGGAAGCCAAGGGCUUUGUCAUCAAAGUGCUGGUCAAUGACAAGCUGAGACCCAAUGCAGAACAGACCCUGGAGCAUCCCUGGUUCAAGACACUGGCCAAGGGGAAGGUCAUCAGCACCGACCACCUCAAGCUCUUCAUCUCCCGUCGUAAAUGGCAGCGCUCACAGAUCAGCUACAAGUGCAACAUGGUGCUGCGGCCGAUCCCAGAGCUGCUGGAGGACACGUCCAACCACCUUUCCAUUGCUGUGCCCCGGCAUCUCAAGGAGUCACCAGCUCUGUCAUCCUCCUCAGACUCAGACGACCUGGAUGAGCUGCCCUUCAUCCCCAUGCCACACCAGGUGGAGUUCUCUGGCUCCCGCAUGUCACUCAAUGAGAUCCCCACAGAUGAUGAGACCGUUGGGAUAUCCGAGGGGCUGCAGCCGGAGGGGGAUUCUUCAGCCAUGGAAUGGCAGAGCCAGGGCACUGGGAAGCCCGGGGUGGCCCUGGGGAAGCGGCCAAGGAGUGCUGGGCCACGGCGACCAUGUGCAGAGGUGGAGGCGCCUGGCUCCUCUGAUGAGGAAGCCCCUGAAGCCCAGAAGCGGCCAGAGUAUCCUCGCAAAGCCAUGAGAAAGGGUUCCAGCCUGGAGUCCCCAGGGAGUGCUCGUCGGGGAGAGCUGAAGAGGGGCAGCUCUGCUGACAGUGCCCUACUGCUCCAACAGCUCCCAGGGACUGAGGAGGGGGCUGAGGCGGCCCGGGAUCCCCGCCGGGCGCUGGCCAAGGCAGCCUCCAUGGAGCUGCCAAGGCGGAAGGUGGUCUGGGGGGAGGACGAUCAUGCCCAGCGCCUGGAGCUGAUGCGCCAGCGGCUGCUGCGAGGCAGCUCUGGGGACAGCAAGGUCAGUGGCCUGCGGGGUCCCCUCCUGGAGACCCUGGGUGUCAGCCCUGACAAGAAAGUCUCAUGGUCAGCCCAGCUGGAGGCACCAGCAGCGCCACGGCUGGUGCGGGCAGCCUCCAGUGAAGCCACCUCACCACGCCUCCCCCCCACUGCGAGCCGGCUGCAGAAGAGCAGCUCCUUCAGCCAUGGGGACGCUGAGCCUGUUGUCCGGCACCGACGCUCUGGUGCACCCCUGGAGAUCCCAGUGGCCUGCCUGGAGGCCCAACGGCUCAAGGAGUCUCCCUCUCUCUCUGCCCUCUCUGAUGCUCGGCCCACAGUGUCACCAGACACCCCGAGCACACCAACACCCCCUCCAGCAGAGAUCACUGCUCCCCAGGCCCCCCCUGCAAAGGCUGCCUCAGGGAGGAGGCGCAUUCCUGAGGAACAUGGCCCACCUGGGACCAGUAAGGCUGCCACCGCCACAGGGAAGAAGCCCACGGACAGGGGACAGGAAGAGAAGACACCCACCAAGGCUGCUGGAGCCAGUGGGGAGGGGACUGCCAGAACAGGAGCUCCCACUCCACCAAAGUCAACAACCCCUGUUCCCCAAACCCAUAUAAAAUCUUCCUAUGCCAAGAUGAUGCAAGCCAUGGGAGCUAUUCAAGGUGGGGAGGCAGCCACCGAGGAGUCCCCACCAACCACCAAUGAGCCCCCACCAAACAUCAAGGAGACCCCACCAGCCAGCCCUGCAAAGCCCCCUACGCCAGCACCAGCAUCAAGGAGGGAGGUGAAACCCAGCGGCUCCUCCAGUUCCUUGGUCAUCCAGGACAUCGAUUCGGAGGAGGUCUUUGAGGCCAAGUUCAAGCGGGGCCGUGAAUCAUCCCUCACCCGGGGGUUGAAGCUCCUCACCCGCUCCCGCUCCGAGGACCGGCACCUGGCCGGCCCCCCAGUCUCUGACGAGGGCAUCUACCGUCCUACACCAGCCGGUGUGCCCCUGGAGCUGCGCAGGGACCGGCCCAGCGGGCUGGCAGCCAAGUCCAAGUCGGUGCAGGACCUGCAUGAGGUGGAGAAGGAUGGGGGCUUCUUCCGGAGGAUGUCCAUACUCCUCAAGCGGACACCGCCUGCUGAGAGGAAGAAGAGCAUGGGGGAGGACGGAGGCAGUGAGACUCCAUCUGGUGGGCGCCGCUUCUCCUGGAGCAUGGCACUGGCCAACUCCAGGGAGCGGAGGGACUCGGAGAGCCUCAAGUCAGAGCCGGGGGCCGGUGGGGAGAGCGAGUCACCAGCAGUGGCUGUGCGGAGGAAGAUCAGUGCUACAAUGGAGCGGGUCUCGGCGCGGCUACGCAGCGUGUCGGAUGAACGGCCGGAGGGCGAGGGGCCCCGGGAACUCCGUCGCACCAGCUCCGAGGGUGAGAGCUUGCGACCAGGGCCCGCCCCCGCCCCUGCCCCCUCCUCCGAGUCCCUGCGCUCCGAGGCCAGCACAGGCUCCUCUACCAAAGGUGCGGGUGACAGUCAGAAGAGGUCCCGCUGGGAGCGCUGGGGGCUCUCCCGGGGCAAGAAGGAGAAGAUGUCCUCACAGCCCAGCAUCCCCUCCGGCCUUCUGCGGGAGGAGGAACUCGCCGCCGGCCGGCCACACACUCCCAGUGAAUCGGAUUUCCCCCCUGUUUUCCACAUCAAGCUGAAGGACCAGGUGCUGCUGGAGGGCGAGGCGCUGACCCUCUGCUGCCUUCCUGCUGGCAGCCCAACCCCACGGAUCCUCUGGAUGAAAGACAAGAGGUCCCUGCAGCCGGACAGUGGGCUGAACGUUGUCUCCUGCAAGGACGGACGUCAGAUGCUCACCAUUGCCAAGGUCUCCAGGAAGGAUGCAGGGCUGUACGAGUGUGCAGCUGCCAACAUCCUGGGCACAGCCAUCAGCUCCUGCACGCUGGCUGUGGCACGGCUCCCUGGACGGCCAGGCACACCGGAGAUCCCCCAGAAGUACAAGAACACAGUGCUGGUGCUGUGGAAGCCUGCUGAGAGCAAAGCCCCCUGCACCUACACACUGGAGCGCAGACUGGAUGGGGAGCAUGAGUGGAAGAUUGUCAGCACUGGUAUCACUGACUGCUACUUCAAUGUGACUGAGCUGCCUCCCGGCAGCACUGCAAAGUUUCGUGUGGCCUGUGUCAACAAGGCCGGACAGGGACCCUACAGCAACCCCUCAGUAAAGGUGCAUCUUGAAGCAGCAGAUGCCCGAACUGCCAAGGAUGUUGCUGUCCCCAUUCCCGAGAAGGUGGCUUCCAGCCGGUCAACCCAGACACCAGGGGAGCAGCCGGAGCCGGUGGCUGCAGGGGCCCCUCCCACCACACCACCACGCAAGCACAAGGGAGUGGUACACAAGGCAGCCGGAGCAGAACAGGAGAGUGCCCCCACAGAGGUCCUUCCACCCCCUGCACCCCAUGAGGAGGGUGUGCCACCAGAUCCUGAGCUUCCACCCAACAUCACUGUCUAUGUGCCCCCUGAGUUGAUGUUCACCCCCCCUCGGACUGUUGCCCCUCCUCAUACAGACACCCCCACUCGGGGCUCCCCCGUACCCCCCACGGACACUUCCCCUCCACCCCAAACUCCGUCUCCUUCCAAGUCCCCCACCACUUCCCCAAUGUCAACCACGCCCAGCUCAGCCCCGACACCAUCUCCGAACCCCAACACCACACCUGCACGGAAGAUGCCUCCCUACAUGGUAACCUCCUUCAUCUCCAUGCCCCCCACAUCACCCCCUGUGCUGGAGUCCACCACCACUCCCCCAUCCUCCAAGGAGCCCCCAGCUGCUGGUGGAGUCCCAGGGGCAAAAGACAGCACAGCACUGCGGCAGGGUGUCCCCCAGAAGCCAUACACCUUCUUGGAUGAGAAAGCAAGAGGCCGUUUCGGGGUGAUCCGACUCUGCAAGGAGAAUGCCACAGGGAAGCACUUCAUGGCCAAGAUUGUACCCUACGAGGCAGAGCGGAAGCAGAGUGUGCUGCAGGAGUAUGAGAUCCUCAAGGCGCUGCACCAUGAGCGCAUCAUGGCCCUGCAUGAGGCGUACAUCACCCCUCGCUACCUGGUGCUCAUCUGCGAGAACUGUGCUGGCAAGGAGAUCCUCUACAGCAUUGUGGACAGGUUUCGCUACUCGGAGGAUGACGUGGUGAGCUACGUACUGCAGCUCCUGCAGGGUCUCGAGUACCUGCACGGCCGCCGCAUUGUGCACCUCGACAUCAAGCCAGACAACAUCAUCGUCUCAGGCACAAAUGCCCUCAAGAUCAUCGAUUUUGGCAGUGCCCAGACCUACAACCCACUUGUACUGCGGCAGCUGGGGCGGCGUGCUGGCACCCUGGAGUACAUGUCACCAGAAGUGGUGAAGGGAGACCCGGUGGGCUCUGCAGCAGAUGUCUGGGGUGUUGGCGUCCUCACCUACAUCAUGCUCAGCGGGCGGUCACCAUUCUUUGAACUGGACCCCAUUGAGACAGAGAACCGCAUCCUGGCAGGGCGCUUUGAUGCCUUCAAGCUGUACCCCAACAUCUCGCAGACUGCUGCCCUCUUCAUCCGCAAGGUUCUCACUGUCCAUCCCUGGAGCCGCCCCACAGUGAAGGACUGCUUCGCCAAUGCCUGGCUCCAGGACGCCUACCUGAUGAAGCUGCGCCGCCAGACCCUGACUUUCACCACCAACCGCCUCAAGGAAUUCCUGGUGGAUCACCAGAGGCGCCGCGGCGAGGCUGUCACAAAGCACAAGGUCUUACUCCGCUCCUACCAGGGUGGCCAGCCACCGGGGCCACAGUAACUGGUGCCUUGGCCACGGCCAUGA